CAUGCGCAGUAACCGUCUCCCAUUGUCUACCAGCAACAGCGGCGCCACGGCGGAGAGCUCGCGAAGCGCACCUGGACGUAAUCGCCGCCGGACGUGCACACACACUCAUACAGGCGCAUGUUGAGUGACAUACGCUUCCACAUGUCAUGGCCUAAUAUUCCGAGUUUAUUCGACUUGAAAUGAACGAAAAGGGAGAAGAGAGCGUUCUCAGUGUGCUGCGGAUUCGUCCUCAGCGCCGCGAGCUUUGUCAUCGUUUCUGUCGUGAUUUUGUUCAGCCUGUCCUGUCAGUCACUUGACGAGGGCGUGCGUUGGUGUUUCCGCUCCGUUACAUCUCAGCUGGCCUUCCGUCUUUGUUUUAUUAACCGUGGAGGUGAAUUCUCCAUGACUCCAUGAUCCGACCGAGAAAACGGGCUCUCGCGUCUCCCGGACACAGCUGCUUCAGUCAGACUUGACAACCCGGAUUUUUUUUUCUUCUUCAGUCUGAUUGUUUUGUCGGGGUUUGUUUGAGGAAGCUCGGAAGAAAAAUCCCCCUCAUUCGAGGGGCGACUCGACCCCUUUAAUUUCCGCCACAUCCCCACCCGUGGUCCCCACCCCCGUCUUUUCCCGGAACCCCGUUUUCAUAUGGGGGGUAAGCAGAGCACGGCGGCCCGGCCGCGGCCCCCGUUUCCCGGCGUCUCUACAGACGACAGCGCGGUGCCGCCAUCGGCCCACUUCGGUCACUUCCGGACGGCAGGGACGAUGGGGCUCCGCAGCCGCUCGGUGAGCUCCGUGGCAGGUAUGGGCAUGGAGCAUAACGGCCCGGUGCCCUUCGGUUUUUACACCACCACCAGCGCAGCCACACAGGCCGCCCCGCCCAGAGCCACGGAGCCGGACCGGGCCGCGGCGGGACAGGGCUCCGGCUCGGGCUCGGACUCGGUACGCGCUCACGGCUACCGCGAGACAGGCGGGGAUGGGCGGCACACGGACGGCGUGCUGUACCUGGGCUCGCGGGGAUCACUGGCGGACACGCUGCCUCUGCACAUCGCGCCCCGCUGGUUCAGCGCACACAGCGGCUUCAAGUGUCCUGUUUGCUCCAAGUCAGUGGCGUCCAAUGAAAUGGAGGUUCACUUCAUCAUGUGUCUAAGUAAGCCCCGCCUCUCCUACAACGGUUCGCUGCUCACGCUGCCUGUCUGCUCACUCUCUGCACACUUCCUGCUGCGCUCAGCCCCGCUAUCCGUUCCUUCGUGGCGUAUUGGCUGUGCGCUCGUCUCUCACACAGCGGAUGCGAAUUCGAAUCCCGACCCCGACUAUUCAUUAUCAUAUUCCUUUACCAUUUACCCCAGUUUCCACUACCCUUCAAUAAAUCCUGCUAACUUUCAGUCGUGUGUGUGUGUGUGCAUUUGGUUCCCCUCUCUGUGUUCCACAUAACAGAACAAUCUGGCUAACAUGGAGCCAUCAGAGCCAGCUCCCCUGCAGUCAGCCCUGUCUCAUUAAGGAACCCUCCUGGAUCAACAUGAACUACAACUUUGCGCACUUCAGGCCAUGAUGGACCAACUUGGGCUCCUCACCCAGCAACUAAACAGCAUCCUUCCCCAACUGGCCCAGACACCCUGUGGCCCCCAUCCCAGUCAGCCUGCCCUGGUGGUCCAAUCUGCUGCCUCUCCCAGUCUACCAUAAGGGGAAACAAUCCAGGGGAAGGAGGCUGCCAGACACUGUCCCUCCGCCAGGGGUCCCUUCAGUGUGGCAGAGUACUCUGUGGAGUUUCAGGUCCUGGCUGCUGAGUCAGGCUGGAAUGAAGAGGCGCUCCAUGGAGUGUUUGUGAACAGACUCAGCAAGUGCAUGAAGGAUGAACUAGCCCUGAAGGUCAAGCCAGACUCCCUCGACCAACUAAUCUCCCUGGCUUUCAUGUUGGAUAACCGCAUACGGGAGCAGCGCAAAGAUAGAGCCAGCCAACCCCAGGCACUUUUCACCUCUAGUUCUCUUCUGCAUUCAUCUGCCAGUCCUGCCCCUGAGCCUCAUCUCCAUCCCAGAAUUAUGUCACCUAACUCCAAGUCACCCUGGGAAGAACCCAUGCAGCUGGGUCGGACCCGGCUUACGCCUGCUGAGCGGAGUAGACCGGCGCAUGCUUCUGUUAUGCUUGGCUAACUGCUCCUUGCAUUUAGGGGGGGGGGGGGGGGUUCACCAGUAGAGCGGGGGCUACUGGUGAGCCAAACAGCUGCUACUCCUGACCCCCGUCCUGCUUUCAGAUUUUUAUUCCUGCCACCCUGUGCUACAACCAGCUCUCCGUUCCCCUCCUCGCACUUAUCGACUCAGGUGCCGAAGAUAACUUCCUGGAUAAGGAGUUGGCGUCACACUCCGGCCUACCCAUUGAGUCCCUGGAUCCUCGCAUUACUGUCAACACCCUGGAUGGGAAAUUCCUGGCCCUGGUUCCUCAACUCUGCCUUUGAGCUGCUGCAUGGGGCCACUAUUCACAAAUUUGGACCUGUGGAACGCAUACCACCUGGUCAGGAUCAGAGCAGGGGACAAGUGGAAGACUGCAUUCAACACCCCUCUAGGCCACUUUGAAUACCUGGUCAUGCCUUUCGGCCUCACCAAUGCCCCAGCUGUGUUUCAAGUUCUCGUCAACUACGUAUUCCAGGACUUCCUGAAUCGCUUUGUGUUUGUUUAUUUCUAUGAUAUUCUCCCGUGUGUUCACUGAGCACACUCUCAAUAUCCAUCGUCCUGCAGCAGCUUCUGGAGAACCGCUUGUUUGUCAAAGCUGAAAAGUGAGUUUCAUGUUCCCACAGUCACAUUCCUCGGGUACAUCAUUGAGAGCAUGCGAGUUAAGGCUGAACCUGAGAAGAUCUGGGCUGAUCCAGGUAAUGGUCUUCCUGGUUGUCUGUUUUUCCCUGACUCUGUACCUUCUCAGGUCCUCCAGUGGGGUCACUGCUCCUGAGUUUGCCUGCCACCCCGGCUGCAAUCGCACCCUAGGCCUGCUAAAGCGGCGUUUCUGGUGGCCAACCAUGGAAGCAGACACCCGGGCCUUCAUCAAUUCCUGUACUGUGUGCACUAGGAGCAAAGCCUCACACCGUCCGCUGGCCGGCCUGCCGCAACCCUUGCCUGUUCCCAACUGCACCUGGUUCCAUAUUGCCUUAGACUUCGUCACUGGUCUAACUCCCUCGCAAGAUAAACCCACCAUCCUGACCGUUAUAGAUCGUUUUUCUAAGGCAGUACACUUUAUUGCUUUCCCCAAGCUCCCCACAGCCCAUGAGACUGCAGACCUUGUGACUACAUACUUCUUCUGGCUACAUAGUCUCCCCCAGGACAUAGUGUCUGACCGUGGACCCCAGUUCGUUUCCCAGGUAUGGAAGACUUUCUGUAAUACUCUAGGGGACACUGUGAGUCUCUCUUCGGGUUUUCAUCCCCAGAUGAAUGGCCAAGCAGAGUGGGCUAAUCAGGGAUUGGAAGCAGCGCUGCGAUGUCACCACCAACAACCCCUCCACCUGGAGCUCUCAGAUUCCCUGGAUUGAGUAUGCACGCAACUCUCUGUCCAGUACUGCCAGUGGUGUGUCCCCUUUUAUGUGUUCCCUGGUUUAUGAGUCACCCAAGGAGGCCUGUUCUGCCCUGCUCUGCUCUGGUGACUCUAACCAGCACCUGGCUGACUGUUGUUGUACUCCCGCACCUAGCUACCAGCCAGGCCAAAAGAUAUGGCUCUCAUCUAAAGACAUUCCCCUCAAGGACAGUUCCAAGAAACUCGCCCCUCGUUAUCUAGGCACAUUUAAGAUUGAGAAUGUCAUUAAUCCCUCUCUUGCCAUCUAUCUCUAACUCCAAUUAUGUAUGUAUAACUCUCCACCUUACAUCAUCUGUCUCUCUCUCUCUCUCUCUCUCUCUCUCUCUCUCUCUCUCUCUCUCUCUCUCUCUCUCUCUCUGUUAUUGUUAUAACUGGAUACUAAUACAUUAUUUGGUUUGAACAGAUAAUAAAUACAGAUGAAUCAGUAGGUGGUGUAGUGUGGUUUUUUUUUUCUUUUUUCUUUUUUUCUUUUCGUGUGUGGUUUUUUAGGAGGCAUGCCAGAAAGCUUCAGAAUAAGUGCAUGCAUUAGGAUCCUACCAGACAAAACUAAAACAAGUUAUGCAAGUGUCAGGAUUUUACUCUAAUGUGGAACUUCGAGAAUGGCUUGCUGAAGCACAUGAGGAUGGUUGCCAGGUUUCUGGAAAUUCCCACUACAACUCAAAAUCCACAUUUCUAUCCAGACACCGGAAAAGGUAUCUGCUUGCGUUGAGAUUCUGCAGUAUGGAAGCAGUGGACACUGCGCUAUCCCAUAAGUCAACGGGACUUGUGCUGAUGGGAAUAGCUGUCAGAAUAAAAAAUGGCGGAAGGCAGCACGUUAGCUGUUUUUAAGUUGUAGGUCAAAUGACAAUGCCAAUAUGGCGGAGGUAGUAUGUCCGGCUUGUUUGUAUUACACACACAUAUUGCUUAGUACAUAUCGUAUCAUCGGCCGAGCAGUUAAUUGUGGUAAACAUUUCUGAUUUGCAAUGAAUGGACAAACAGAUUCAGUUUUGGCCCAAAUUAAAGCCUUACUGCCUUACUGAGCUCCAAAAUAAAACCAUAUUUCUGUAUAAACCAAAGGACUAUGCACUCAUACAGUAUAUUGAGCUGCUGCUCAGUUGUUACAUUUAUUAUGGAUAAGUAAAUCUAGCAAAAUAUUAUUAGUUGGCUAUUGUCAAAUGUAGCCUAAAUAACAGGUUGUUCAUUUGGGAAAGGCAUUGUUGCUUCGAAGUAUAGUUAACUUUCUCACUCAGUCACAUUAGACAGAAGAUAGAAAGCUUUCCAGAAAUGUCAACAGUUAAAUACAAUUAUAAUACACUCAUGUACUGCAAAUUGCUAUAUAUAUCUAUAUAUAUAUUUGUUUUGUUUUUUUUGUAAAUGAAAAUGUCCUCUGUUUUCAGUUUUUAGUAAGUUAGGUUGUAGGGUUAAAAAAAUAAUAAUAAUAUCAGGUAUAGACUGCACAGUUCUGGUUUUAAAUUGAAUUGGGGAAAAGGUAUGUGUGUAUGUAUGUAAUGUUUAUUUAUGUAUAUAAUAUAUACCUAUAUAUGCACACAUACACAAAUAGAAACAUUAGCAGGCAGUGAAUGUAGUGGCUAAUUGCAAACUUGUACACUAGUACCAUCUACUUGUGUGUUUUACAUGUGUGUUUUAGUUAGAAAAGUUUUUUAUAUUUUAUCGGUCUGGUAGUCCUACAAACAGUGACAACACCCGAGACAAGUUUUAUGAUAAAUCCAACUUUUUCUGAUCAUGUCAUACAUUGAUGCGUGCCAAAAUUACUGAAAGAACCGAGUUUCACUUUGUAGUGUAUUUUUGUAGGUUUGAUAGGUUUUGAAAGUAACAUGAAAGCAAAGUAAUUAGUAAUCUGAUUCCUUUUUUUUUUUUUUUUCUUUUUACAUGCAGUAGUCAGUAAUGUAAUCAGAUAACAAUUUUAAUAGUAAUCUGUAGUGGAUUACUUUUUUGAGUAAUUUACCCAACACUGAUGCACUUCCAGUUAUCUUGUAAUUUAGUACACAACCAAACAUGUAUCUAGGUACUUGUCAGGGCCUUUUAUAUAGUUUUUAAUCUGUUUCCAAAUUUUUUGUGCAUUAUUCAUAACAAAUUGAUCAUCAUAUAGAGAUGCAUUUAUUUUUUGGGAGCUGUUAAGAUGGGUUGGGAGAGAUGUCUUGUUGCAGAAGAGUUGUUCCAUCUUAAGCCAAGAAGGAUCCCUACACACCUCAGACUCCUUUUUCCACCAUGAAAAAACAUUAAGGUUUGCUGCCCAGUAAUAAUACUUAAACUGUGGUAAGCAAAACCCGCCCUCUCUUUCACUUUUACACAAGUGCUGCUUAGAUAUUUGCACAUUCUUUUAAUCCCACAAAAAUACCACAAUUGCUCCAUCUAAUUGUUUAAAUAGGCUUUGUGGUAUAAAAUGGGGAAUUGCCUGAAAUUCACCUGGAUUUUUAUGUUUUUUAAUUUUUUAAUAAAGUUUAAAAGUUUAAGAACUGGGAUUGAUAUUGAUUGUAACCGGCGUUAGCUCACCUUUCUCCCAGUUAAUUUUAAAUCCGGAAAAGGAUCCAAAUUCUUUUAUCAAGGACAGAUCAUUAGUGAUGGACUUGAGGGUUGGAAAUGUACAAUAGUAUGUCAUGGUAUAAAUAUUUUGAGCACUAAACAGAUACAGACAAUGGCAUUGAUAGACAUCCCUUCUGUAUUUCUGUCUUUGCCUUAAUCCUGUACCUUAAGAGCUCUCUCACUCACGAACACACACACUGUCUUGACUUCUAGCUGUCCUUUUCUACUUUGAGUGCUCUCUCCCUCUCUCUCUCACUCUGUCUCUCUGCCUCUCCCUAUAUCUAUCUUUCUCACCCUCCAACUUUGUCCCAUAAUUCCAUAACCUCAAGUGCCCCCCUCCUUCUCUCUCUCUCUCUCUCGCUUUCUCUCGCUUUCUCUCUAUCUCUUUAAUAAAGUGUGUAAAGACGGCAUACUGUACCACUGACCUCAGAAGAUAAAAGUAGUGCAGAUGAGAUUCUGCCAAUUUAUGGAACGUGUGUGUGUGUGUGUGUGUGUGUGUGUGUGUGUGUGUGUGUGUGUAUGUGUGUGGAACAAUUCAGAAGGUUGUGCUGAUAGCAUUUACAGUUAGCUAGUGACUUAACUUCCAAAUAUAGAAUUCCUCUAGACUGCAUUAGCUGUUAGACUAAUUCUAAACUGGUCUGUCACACACACACACACACACACACACACACAUGCAUGCAAAGCCACACAGCCGCACAGGUGUUUCCAAGGGAAGUGGCGAGUCUUAAUAAAGAGAACGUGUGGGUCGUUGUUCUUGUAUGUUUCCUGGCUUUGCGAAAAACAUGUUUACCAGUUGUGAUUUAGAUAACAUUGUGUCUGUGUGUGUGCGCGUGCGUCUAUGUAUAUGUGUGUGCGUGUGUGUUCGCCUGUCCUCAGAUAUCAGCUUAAAGCAAAAGAACUGCAGGUUUCAACAUGCGUCUGAGGACAUGUACUCGUCCUCUUCGCCACAUGGUUGACUAUGAAGAUACAGGAUUGUUCUCCACACCGCCCCCUGCUGUCAGCACAGUCUCAGCUCAGCUCUCUCUCUCACACACAUACACUGCGUUUCAGCCGAUAAUGGUGAUCAUGAUGAAAUUAAGUGAUCGGGACGUGUGUAAUUAAAGGGCAGAGGGUGGUGCGGUAACCUUCUGCUAACCUUUUUCCACUGGUCACUGAUAUGGUCAGCUGUGUAUGGUUUCAGUUGGGAAAAAGGCCUCAGGGUUGCGGGCGUGUGACAUUGAUCUGAUUUGGCCUUUUGCAGUAAUGUACAUGACUCUUUAUCCCAGAUUGCAGCCUGCAGGAACUUAUUCAGUAGUGCAGUCUCUCUGAUCCGUCAGGACGAGGUGAAGAAUAAUGUUGUAUUUUACACAGACACAUGUUCGGGAAACCGUUAAUAAACUGAUAAGGUGCUCAUUUUAUUUCCCAACUUGCAUGUAACAAAGAGUUUUUUGUGUGUGU